GAGUUGUGCACGCAGCCCUAUGGAAAGCAUUAUGAGCAGAGUGAAAGAAAUAGGUGAGACGUUCUGUCGCAGCUACACUCAGUCAACAGAUGAACAGCCAGGAUCUCACAUAGAUUUUGCUGUAAACAGAUUAAAACUGGCAGAGAUCUUGUACUAUAAAAUCUUGGAGACUAUAAUGGUGCAAGAAACACGAAGACUGCAUGGGAAGGAUCUGACUGCUCUCUUGGAACAAGAUGUCUUUCACCGCUCUCUCAUGGCCUGCUGCUUGGAGAUCGUGCUCUUCGCAUAUAGCUCACCUCGUACCUUUCCCUGGAUCAUUGAAGUUCUUGACCUCAGGCCGUUCUAUUUCUAUAAGGUAAUCGAAGUACUGAUUCGGUCUGAGGAGGGACUUUCCAGAGACAUGGUGAAGCACCUCAACAGCAUUGAGGAACAAAUUCUGGAGAGACUCGCCUGGACUCGGGACUCGGCCCUGUGGGAUGCCCUCCAGGCCUCAGGAAACAAGGUCCCAACCUGUGAAGAAGUAAUAUUUCCCAGUAACUUUGAAGCAAGCAAUGGAGUAAGUGGGCUUGGGCAUUUGCCUAUGAUGCCAAUUUCUCCCAUAAUUCAUCCUCGAGUAAAAGAGGUUCGGACAGAUCUUGGCGGGAGUUUAAGACGGGACGUGCAGCCCUUGUCGCCCAUCUCCGUUCACGAGCGCUACAGUUCUCCUACAGCUGGAAGUGCGAAGAGAAGGCUCUUCGGAGAUGACAGCCCCAAAGAAAUGCAGAUGGAAAAAAAGUUAACUGAGGGAACCAAGGUGACAAUUGCUCCAGCAUCAAGCAUUGCUACUGAAAGUGUAUCUCCUGGCCAAACAGUACUGACCUUGACAAGAGCUACCGUUCCAGGGAAAACAGGGCAGAAGGUUACUAUCCCACUGCACGGUAUUGCAAAUGAAGUGGGUGGGAUCACACUGAUACCCAUUUCAGUGAAUUUAGGUCAGCCGUGUAAAGUGGAGGCUCAGGCUCCCUGCCACCCUCAGGUGAAUCAAGCACAAGAAGCACAUCUGUCCUCAGCAAACAGACCAAAGAAAACGGGAUCCUUGGCACUGUUUUACAGAAAGGUUUAUCAUCUGGCAAGUGUGCGCUUGCGUGAUCUGUGCUUGAAACUGGAUGUUUCCAAUGACUUGCGCAGGAAGAUAUGGACAUGCUUUGAAUUCACCUUGGUUCAUUGUGCUGAUCUAAUGAAGGACAGACAUUUGGACCAGCUCCUCCUCUGUGCCUUCUACAUCAUGGCAAAGGUAACGAAAGAGGAAAGAACGUUUCAGGACAUAAUGAAAAGUUACAGAAAUCAGCCCCAAGCAAACAGCCAUGUUUACAGGAGUGUCUUGUUGAGAAAUAUUUCUGCUGAUGUCCUGCUGGGGAAAAAUGCAAGCCAAGAUGUGGAGAUGGCAGAAGACUCAUCUGGGAAAACCGGCAGUUCCUCGGGACGAUCUGCAGCAGAGAACUCCGGUGAGCCGGGAGCAGAGGAGAGAGGAGAUCUGAUUAAAUUUUACAAUGCAGUCUACGUAGGAAGAGUAAAAUCAUUUGCACUGAAGUACGAUAUCACAAACCAGGAUCAUGUAAUGGAAGCCCCUCCCUUGUCUCCAUUCCCCAGCAUUAAGCAACAGCCAGUGUCUCCUCGACGGAUCUCUCAGCAGCACUCUGUUUACAUUUCGCCUCACAAGAACGGUGCCUGCUUGACACCUCGAACUGCACUACUGUAUAAAUUUAGUGGCAGCCCUUCCAAGAGUUUGAAGGACAUCAACAAUAUGAUAAAACAAGGUGAACACAGGAGUAAGAAACGAGCGAUAACAAUUGAUAGUGACACUGAAUCCCCUACGAAACGCCUCUGCCAGGAAAAUGAUGAUGUUCUACUUAAACGUCUCCAGGAUGUUGUCAGUGAAAGAGCAAAUCAUUAAACCUGCCGGUCUGCUGUGGGAACUAAAAGCUACGGAGUUGGAUACAGCUGCUGUGCCCUUUAUUUCUCGCUUUUGUGUACAGACAAGUGCCAGGUUU